GCAUCCAGCAAGGUGUCAUUACGAGAGCGCAGCUUCUCAAGGUACCAUUUCAAACUGAUGGUGAGAAAGGCAUGAGGCUCCUCAGCGCACAGAGUGAAAUCGAAGGCAAAUGUAGUACAAUAAUGAAAAGGUGACAGAACAGUUUUCCUCAUUAUCGACACGUUUUUCCCCCACGUCGUUUCUAUUUUUCCCCAUAUUUGUGUUCUCUCCUUUCCUCUUGCUCUACUCUCUGGUACCUACGUGGAUUUUUCGGGUGCGAUUUUUCUACUGUACGGGGUAUCAUCUUUCCCAAAGUUACUUUUCUCGAGGAUAUUGCUUUGUAUAUAUUUGGAAGGACGAGCACGGUUUUCCCAUAGAGGUGGUUAUGGAUCUGAGGGCAAGCUCGUUCUGAAGGUGUUCAACUCCCUUCCCGAGUAUCAAGCCGGCAUCACCAUGGCGGCGGGAGUGGCGGCGUGGCUCCCCUUCGCCCGGGCAGCAGCCAUCGGCUGGAUGCCAGUGGCCAGUUGCCCCAUGCCCCUUGCUCCCAGGGACCAAAACAAGAGGCAGGACGAGCUGAUCAUCCUGAACGUGAGCGGGCGACGCUUCCAGACCUGGAGAACCACCCUGGACCGCUACCCAGACACUCUGCUGGGCUCCUCAGAGAAGGAGUUCUUCUACAAUGAGGAAACCAAGGAGUACUUCUUCGACCGCGAUCCUGACGCCUUCCGCAGUGUUCUCAACUUCUACCGGACAGGCAAGUUGCACUACCCGCGCCACGAGUGCAUCUCGGCCUACGACGAGGAGCUGGCCUUCUUCGGCAUCAUCCCGGAGAUCAUCGGCGACUGCUGCUACGAAGAGUACAAGGACCGCAAGCGGGAGAACGCUGAGCGCCUCAUGGACGACCAGGAGGACAACAAGGACAGCAAGCUGCCCAACAUGAACUUCCGCGAGACCAUGUGGCGGGCCUUCGAGAACCCCCACACCAGCACCAUGGCCUUGGUCUUCUACUAUGUCACCGGCUUCUUCAUUGCCAUCUCGGUCAUCACCAACGUGGUGGAGACGGUGCCGUGCGGCUCCACGCCCAACCAGAAGGACAUGCCGUGCGGGGAGCGCUACACGGUGGCCUUCUUCUGCAUGGACACGGCCUGCGUCAUGAUCUUCACGGUGGAGUACCUGAUGCGCCUGUUCGCCGCGCCCAGCCGCUACCGCUUCAUGCGCAGCGUGAUGAGCAUCAUCGACGUGGUGGCCAUCCUGCCCUACUACAUCGGCCUGGUCAUGACCGACAACGAGGACGUCAGUGGGGCCUUCGUCACGCUCAGGGUCUUCCGCGUCUUCCGGAUCUUCAAGUUCUCACGCCACUCGCAGGGGCUGCGCAUCCUGGGCUACACGCUGAAGAGCUGCGCCUCGGAGCUGGGCUUCCUGCUCUUCUCCCUCACCAUGGCCAUCAUCAUCUUCGCCACCGUCAUGUUCUACGCCGAGAAGGGCUCCAGCUCCAGCAAGUUCACCAGCAUCCCGGCAUCCUUCUGGUACACCAUUGUGACCAUGACCACCUUGGGGUACGGGGAUAUGGUGCCUAAGACCAUUGCUGGGAAGAUCUUUGGCUCCAUCUGCUCGCUGAGCGGGGUGCUGGUAAUCGCCCUGCCCGUUCCCGUCAUCGUCUCCAACUUUAGCCGAAUCUAUCACCAGAACCAGAGAGCAGACAAACGUCGGGCGCAGAAGGUACAGAAAGCCAGACUGGCCAGGAUACGAAUAGCCAAGACGGGCAGCUCCAACGCCUUCCUCCACAGCAAGCGCAACGGCCUGUUUAAUGAGCUGCUGGAGCUCACGGGCUCUGAUGGGGAAGAGCAGCAGCUGAAUAAGAACACGUCUUUACUGGAGAGCCAACACCACCACCUACUGCACUGUCUGGAGAAGACCACGGCCCACGAGUUUGUGGAUGAGCAGGUGUAUGAGCAGAACUGCCUGGAGGGGGCGCUCCAGAGCUACCACUCCCGCAGCCCCUCCCUCUCCAGUCAGGGCGGCACUUUGGGCACCUGCUGCUCCCGCCGCACCAAGAAGAGCACCCACCUGCCCAACUCCAGCGCACCCCCCGCACACCUGCGCAGCCUGCAGGAACUCAGCGCCAUCCACAUCCAGUGUGGGAGCCAGCCCCCCCACAGUGGCAGCCGCUCCAGCCUCAACAUGAAAUCAGACGAUGGCGCCCGCCUCAACUGCAAGGGCGGGCAGAUCGCCACAGCGAUCAUCAGCAUCCCCACGCCCCCGGCCGUCACCCCCGAGGGCGAAGCCCAGCGGCCCCCCAGCCCCAGCAUCCAGACCAUGUCCAGCUCGAACAUUGUCAAGGUGUCUGCGCUGUGAGGGCCGGAGCGAAGAGCAGUGAGUCAUCUUCAAAAUGGACGCAGUGACCCUUGAAAAGCAGCAGGGGGAGCCUUAGAGAGAGGACAUACUGUUGGCUGUAACUGUGCCUGGAGAAACCUGUACCUCAGGGGAGGUGGAGGGGAGGGGGGAAACUCCCAGAGGUGAAGGAUUGGAUUUAACACUGCGGUGGGGGAGGGGAGAGAAGCUGGAAGCCUGUGGUUUCUGGAGGCGGGAGCAUCUUCAAACUGGCCAAUCGUGUUCCACUGUAAACCGAUUAGAUGAGAAAGUAAUGUGUCACUGCGCACUAAGCACCUUUUUAAAAGUCUUAUGGUCUGCAAGGUCUUUUAACAGCAACACAAAGUAAAGGAAAAACCAAUGCAACAAUGCAAACAGUUCACUUUUAUAAGAGAAGCAUUUAGAUGAGGUAUUUGCCGAUGUGUUUAUCUCCAGUUUGGUUGCCAUUUGUUUUGUGUCGUUCUUAUGAUCAGCCUAUUUACCUUGAUAGACAGAAUCAAACAAAAAAAAAUCUUUUGCCAAAAUAUUUCUAAAUAUUAUUUUAUUUUGCUCAAGCAAAAUGAAAAAAAAAGAACAAGGUAGGCGUGUCAGUCACAGAGAUGUUAGUUUUAUUUUUAUGGACGGAUGUAAUUUAUUUAUGUGUGAACGAGAAAUAUUGUACAGUUUUCUAAGUGUUGGGCUUUCACAGGUUGUGGGCAAAUUAACUUGCUGCCAGUAGAGGUGAGGUCCUGAUUACAUAUUUUUGUCCAAAAUACUCAACAGCCUCUUAAUAAAGCACAAAUUGUGCCCUCAUCUAGGCAAUGCUUGUUUAGUCUCUGACAAGGCUUCUGUUCGCUCUUUUUUCCUUGUGAAGAAAAUGGAUUUCAAAUGUCCAAGGGUUGCAUUAUCCCCUAGAUUCACAAGCUGAAAAUCUAACAGUAAGCAGAUAUGUGUCACCUCACCUCUGACUUGUUAGUGAAUAAAAGGGUUCCUAAAUAUUUUGUAAUAUUGGCCAUCACAUGGCAAACCAUUCGUCUCUAUUUCUCUCUCUCUCUCUUACUCUUUCUCUCUCUUUCAGCAAUUGUUUAGGCCUUGUUUUCUCUCUUGGAGUUUAAUUGUCAGCUGUUAAUGACACAUGGAUAGGCUUUCCGUGUUCUUUCCCCAAACAAGUUGUUCUCAGUUGCUCUCUAAAGUACUUGAUUCAUCUGUUGCUGUGGCAAUCCUGCAACCUUUGAGCUCUCUGUGAAACCUGCUCCUUCCCUCCCCUCUCUCCCCUUUGAACUGUACCCAGUCAAAAUGCUCCCUUUUCUGUGGCUUUUCAUUUUUUUCUGUUUUGAAACAUACUGUCCAAGGAGUCUGGAGUCAUGCAAGACAGCUUACCCAGAUCAAAGAGAAACCGUGCUUUUGAGUAAAACUGUGAUGACCAAAUGAGUGGUCUGUAAUUAGGCUUUUUCAUUUAUAAAAGUAGAUAAGCAUAUCUCGAUCCCUGUGCAGUGAUUUAUGAAAUAAUAUUGUAGUGUGAUCUGAAGCAAAAAUAUAUUUCAUCUUAAUUUAAUUCUUAAUAAUUAGGUUUUUUAUCAAUUCAAUGGGCCAUAAAUAAGUGAUUUCAAUAAAUUACUAACC